UAAUCGUUUGUUAAUUUUAACAACCCAUUUAAAUUUUUUAACCUUAAUUUUUUUUUUCUUGAAUGGCACAGGCACAAUCCCGGGCACACUCCCGCUUGCUUUUCCGCCAGGAUUUAAAAUGUCAGUUGCAGGAGGCGUUGACAAAAAGCCUGAGUAGAGCAACAUAACUAGUCCAACAAAUAUGUUUAAUCGAGGUAUUUGACGCUUAUGCUUUAAAUGAUAAAAUGCGGCAUAUUGACGACUGUUAGUUUAAACUCGUUGCGUUUAACGUUACACACUCGCUUUGAAACAUGUCCCUGCCACCAGAAAAGGCAUCUGAAUUAAAACAAAUAAUUCACGAUCAUCUCAUCAAGGUGGAUAUCCAUGGCAAAAUUCGUGAUGUUUUAGCGGAGACAGUGAGAGGUGAUGGGCACCAUGGACAGCGUUCCCUCUCUGACGAGGAUUUCAUACAUGCUCUCCAGCGGAGGGGAAUCGUGGAUGAUGUGAUGAAAGAUCUAAGUUUUACAAAUGUGUUUGCUUCUCGUCAUGAUGUGCAUCAAACUGAAGCUGACUCUGUGAACAAAUCUGCAACUCAUUUUGUGGACAAGAAUAUUGCAAAGUUGAAGCCAACCAACAUCAGUCCACUGAGGAGACAUCUCUACCUCCAAGUUCUGGGUGGUAAGGCCUUCCUGGAGCACCUGCAGGAGCCCGAGCCUUUACCCGGACAGGUGUGCUCUACCUUCACCCUUCAUCUACACUUCCGUAACCAGCGUUUCCGCUCCAAACCGGUCCCGUGUGCCUGUGAACCAGACUUACAGGAGGGCUUUCUUCUGGAAGUACAUAGAGAUGGACCAGGAGAUGCUGGCAAAAUGGCAGACGCUACAACCAUGUUGUCCAUCUGUGAUCCAGUGCAUAUGGUGCUCAUCAAAACAGACCCAUCUGGAGACACCACACUUGUUUCUUCUUAUUUUCUCGAGUGGCGGACAGUUCUCGGUGCUCCACAUGGAAAAAACAAAGUGUCAGUGGAACUGCUGGGAGUAGGUAGUGAAUGUAAAGUCCCUGUUGGUGUUUUGAAUCUCAAGUUGGAAUUGUAUCCUCCCCUCACUGAGACCCUGAACCCUGAAGUCAUCUCCACCCAGCAAUCUCUAGAAAGACAGAGAACAGCAGAAAAGGAGAGACUGUUUUUGGUAUAUGCAAAACAAUGGUGGCAAGAGUUCUUGGAGAUUCGACCCUCACAUCAGUCCAAGCUAGUGAAGAUUUUUGCACAGGAUGAAAACGGCGUGAACCGACCCGUGUGCUCGUAUGUGCGUGUAUUGCGUGCUGGCAGGUUGCUUGAGAGUCCUCGGCAGGCUGCACGGUUUGUCAGUUUGUUGGCUCAGGAGAAAGCACCUGUCGUUGGGGGAGGAGUCAGGCAGGAGCAGUGGUGCUCUAUGAUGGCUUUCCUCUGCAGGAACAAGGGUGACUGCGAGGAUCAUGCCACACUACUCUGUAGUUUACUGUUGGGAUUUGGACUGGAUGCUUAUGUAUGUGUGGGCACCAAAACCAAGAACAUCCCACACACCUGGGUCAUGACCUGCGGCACAGAUGGUUCCGUCACCUUUUGGGAAAGUUUCACUGCACACAGAUACGUCCAUCAUCCAGUAGACCCUGAUGCUCCUCCCAUGGUCCCCCAGCCAAAACCUACCUACCCUUACCGGACAAUCGGCUGCGUCUUCAACCACAAGAUGUUCUUGGCGAACUGCCAGCCGUCAGACGCUGUAGAACUGUGUGUGUUUGACUUCGCAGACGGUUCUCGCUGGAAGGUCAUGAGUGAGGAGGCCAUUCGGUCUGUGUGUGUGCCCGGCAGCACCUCCUCUCUCCCCCCAACUCCUCCCCUCUGCUCUCCUUCUGUGCUGCCUAAUGAGGCCAGCAACCAACUUGAGCUGGAGAUGCGCUACCUACUAGCUGAGCAUAGGAAGGAUCUGGGUCUGGCUACAGUGUGGGAUGAUCAUCUGUCGUACCUGCUGUCAGCCGCGCUGUCAGCAUAUGAACUGGAGCGCUGUACAGGUGUGACUUGUGGAAACGAGGAGUUCCAGGAUGCUGUGAGGAGGGCAGUGCCUGAUGGUCACACUUUUAAAGGCUUUCCUAUUCACUUCCUGCACCGGAACGCACGCCGGGCUUUCGCUACCUGCCUCAGGUCACCGUUCUGUGAAGAGAUUGUUUGCUGUCGAGGAGAUCAUGUGCGCCUGGCGGUGAGGGUUCGAGUGUUUGCUUAUCCAGAGUCAGCAUGUGCUGUCUGGAUCAUGUUUGCAUCCAAGUACAGAUCCGUGCUGUGAUAGAACAGAAGAAUCAGUUAUCUCAGGUUUCCAUACUCUCUGUGAGUCAACCCCCUCCUCAAUGUCUCUGCAGGUUUAGGGUAUUAUUAUAGAGUUUUGGUUUUACAUGUACAGUUUGGCAUUUAUUUAAUCUACUCUGAAAUCUACAGUACGGUGUUGACUUUACAAUCUUCAUGUAAAGAAUGCAUGUGUGUUUUUGAAAACCUUUAUUUAUUAUGGAUGUAUUUUUGUAAAUAUAUCACUAUUACAAUAUGCACAUUUGUCCCUUUGGGAUAUUGACCAUUUUAUACUGGGUAUUAUUCACAGUAUGAACGAUUGAUAAACUACUGUAUUUGUAUUACCAAAAAAGAGUUUACUGCUCAUUGAUUCAUGUUAACUAUUGGUUUGUUAACCACAUGAAUUAAGUAAUGUUAAUAAGACCUUUUUGUAAAGUGCCAUCUUUUGUAAAGUAGCAACGUUUUAUAUAACAAAUAAAUUAUGUUGCAAAUAAUGUUUAAACGCAAGAAUAAUCCUCUAUAUUUAUAUUUUACCAUAUUUUUAUAUACAGAUCCAGGUCAUUUUCAUCACACAUAAUGUUGCUUCGUGUGUUAGGUUCUGGCCAUUAGCUGUUGUUAUAUUGUUUAGGCAAUAAGGUGAAAAAUUAUGAAGACCGAAUAUUUUUAAAGUUCUACUUCGACCAGUAGAUGGCAGCAUGCCAAAAGAAAUAAAACUUUAAACCUGCAGAAUUGUGAACAAAAACUUUAAUCCUCCCUCAUGCAACAACAGUAUGGAAUAUUGCUGGAUAAUAAAACUACUCAACUGUUGUUGGUUCUUUCCGGUUGUCGACCGGAAGUAAAGAACACAAAGUAAGAUAGGCGAAAUGCUAGGAAGCACUUUUUCUGGGACAUGGUGUUGGAAAAAAAUAUGAGAGGGAAGUGAAAAUUUUUUUUUAAACUUUUGCGUUAUCUCGCGAAACUACAUUCUGCAAGUUCGGACAAAGACUUCAUGUUUAAUGUCCCGCUGCCAGAGUUUGUACACAAACAUGGUUCUAUAGUCGCAGUUUCCCGUAUUAAAACUGGAGUGCUAAAUGAGGGAUAAUCCACGGCUCCACGCGGAGGCGAAGAACCACCCGAGUCCCGACGCGAAGCGCAGAGCUGUUGCCUCCGCGAAGUGCAUUAAAGGAUGAGAAACCGUGGAUAAUCCCGUUUAUACCAGGGUUAUUUCCCAAAUUAAAGCUUUUCUUGAUGUUUACAGUUUAAUUUUAAAUCAAACAGGUGAUCUCAUAUUUUUUCCAAAGCUUCAAAUUAUGUUAAAAUCAAGGUUACAUCCCCGCUGUCCUUUUAAUGAUUAAUCUUGAAAUGUUUUACAUGUAAUUUUACUACUGUCCACCAGAUGGAGACGAAAUACAACAAAGGAGUAAGGGCACAUUGUGGGUUAAUUAAUUACCAAUUAAUGGUUAUUAAUUAAAUUUUGAUACUUCAAAUAACAGCAUUACGAGCUGUAUUGUCGUUGGAGGCCUUGUAUGUGUUUACGAUCAUGCCACAUUUCUCAAGGUUGUAAUUUUCUUUGGCACGCAACAACAGAUUCAUAGUAACAAAGUACUGCAUCCCAGAACAUGCUCAUAAAAAUGCAUUAAAAAUAUUACUUCAUUA